AUGAUCUGGAAGGGCCUGAUCGUCGUGACGGGCAGCGAGAGCCCCGUCGUGGUGGUCCUCAGCGGGAGCAUGGAGCCUGGCAUGCAGCGGGGCGACAUCCUCUUUCUCACCAUGUUCGACAAGGACCGGGGGCAAUCAUCUGCGCGGUAUUCUUCGCCGCGCGAGAUAUUGUCGGGCAGCUUCGUACGGAGCGAGGAGACGGCGCCGCACAUGACGGAGGUGUCUGGGCUGAAGUGGCCGGCGGCUGAGAUCUACAGCCUCAUUGAGACGAACCAGAUGCCAUCGCUAAGCGCCGCUGAGAGCUCUGGAGCGAGAUGUUCGCCCCGCCUGAGCCUGAGGUGGAUGAGACAACCGCUGCCGGACCCCUUUGUCCCAGGCGACGUGGUCGUUUUCCAGAUAGAAGGCAGAGAUAUCCCGAUCGUCCACCGCACAAUGAACGUCCACGAGAAGCACGAUGGCACCGUGUCUCUCCUGACCAAGGGCGACAACAACCAGUCGGGCCAGUCUUGGUCGUGCCGUGACUCAGGGCUUGUUGAGCCGGCCACGGUGCAGAUCACGACCCCUGUCCAUCUUGUGCUCACCGCUCUCCCCGAGGUGGACGACCGAGGCCUCUACACCCACAAGCAGCUGUUCAUCGGGCGCAAGGAGGUGAUGGGACGGGCCCAGGGCUUCCUGCCGUACGUCGGCAUGAUCACCAUAUGGCUGAACGACUAUCCAGGGGCGCCUCGCGCCGCGUCCGCCGCCCGAGGAGCCUCCUGCAGGGCCCUCCAGGGCCCGAGGUGCCUGUUCCACCCAGACGAGUCCCGCCGCCCGUGCUCGGCCCCCCGUCGGCUGGGGGCGGCGGCUCAGUGGCUGAAGUACAUCCUCAUCGGCUCGAUGGGGUUCUUCGUGGUGAUCGGGCUGUUCCUCACAGUCGACUCCCAGACCGGGAUGAGCUUGUCGCUGUGGUUGCACAGCUUGACAACGCCUUGCUGGCCAUCCGCCAGCUUCUGGGUGGCCCACUGGAGCCUGGCUGCAGAGACCAUGGCGCGCUGGCUGCGGAUGCUCGUGGCCUGCGCCUGGUACGCCGUCCUCGCUGUUACCGUGGCUGCCCUGCCGCACAUCUCGCCCAUGGAGACCACGAGCCACUGGUUCUGGACCGGGGAGGCCUGCGGCGGGUACGAGGUGCUUGCGCUGCUGGCGUACGGGGCCGGCUCCCCGGGCUGCAGCGCUCACGCCAGCGUCUUGGGGCGGUACGGCGAGCUCGGCGGCGCCGCGGAACGGGUGCGGGAGGAGCUCGGCGGGCUCAGGGCGCACGUCGGCGCCGCCUACGGGCCCGCGAUGACUGCGAGGCUGGCCAAGCAGACCAAGACCCAGGAUGCCAGGGGGGAGUUCCAGGUGACGGCUGGCCUCAAGGGCAUCGUGCCCAGCGGCAGCGUCUUCCAGUGGCAGGCCGUCGAGGCAGGGGGCGACCACAAGAGAGCGGCGGCAGCAUUCUUCAAGAAGUGGACCGGCGUCAGCAGCAUCCCCAUUCAGUGGAUGGAGGAGGCCGCCUUCUGUGAUGGGCUUGACGUAUGGGUAGGCGCGUGA